ACAGGUUUGAACAGCUCACAGAAACUCUGACACGACACAGCGCGACUCUUCAUUCGCCUCUCAGACGCUUGUGUGGUUUUCUUCACGCGUUUCGCGAUCCGCGUCCGGUGCGCCGCUGCACUUUCCCAAAAGUUUCCGUGCACCGAUUUGACAGGACAAAUCGACAAAGGGAGUUGGAGGGGAAGACUAGCGCUGGCUGGCGAGCUGGCUGUGAGGAGACAAACCGCAGAAGGAAAUUAUGGCCGCGCACGGUGCGUCCGCGCUCUUCCUGCUCGCCUUUGGAGUACUGGAAGCGAGCGCGCAGUACGGAGAGCGCGGCAUGUCGGUUCCGGAGCACGGCUUCUGCCAGCCCAUCACCAUCCCUCUGUGCACGGACAUCGCGUACAACGAGACCAUCAUGCCCAACCUCCUCGGCCACACGAACCAGGAGGACGCGGGGCUGGAGGUGCACCAGUUCUACCCGCUCGUUAAAGUGCAGUGCUCGCCGGACCUCAAGUUCUUCCUGUGCUCCAUGUACGCGCCGGUUUGCACGGUGCUGGAGCAGGCGCUGCCGCCGUGCCGUUCGCUGUGCGAGCGCGCGCGUCAGGGCUGCGAGGCGCUUAUGAAUAAAUUCGGUUUCCAGUGGCCGGAGAGUCUCGCGUGCGAGUCGUUCCCGGUGCACGGCGGAGAGCUCUGCGUGGGGCAGAACACGUCUGAGCGGAGUGCACCGGUCAAUCCGACUCCAGAUGUGACCCAAGCUACACCCGAGCAUCCCAGGAAGGGGCGCUUUAGAUGCCCAACUUCGCUUAAAGUCCCGCCGUACCUAAACUACCGCUUUCUGGGCGAGGAAAACUGCGGCGCGCCGUGCGAACCCAAGAAACUCCACGGGGUGAUGUACUUCAGCGAGGAAGAGCAGAAGUUUGCGCGGAUCUGGAUCGGGAUCUGGUCGGUUUUGUGUUGCGCGUCUACUUUAUUCACCGUCUUGACUUAUUUAGUGGACAUGAAGCGCUUUAGUUACCCGGAAAGACCCAUCAUAUUCCUAUCCGGGUGUUAUACGAUGGUGUCCAUCGCUUACAUCGCCGGAUUUCUGCUGGAGGACAAAGUGGUUUGCAAUGAGCAGUUCGAUAAUGAGUUUAGGACAGUGGUGCAAGGCACCAAAAAGGAAGGUUGCACUAUUCUGUUCAUGAUGCUGUACUUCUUCAGCAUGGCCAGCUCCAUCUGGUGGGUCAUUCUAGCGCUCACUUGGUUCCUCUCGGCCGGGAUGAAAUGGGGUCAUGAGGCUAUUGAAGCGAAUUCGCAAUAUUUCCAUUUAGCAGCGUGGGCGGUGCCGGCCAUCAAGACCAUCACCAUCCUCGCGGUGGGUCAAGUGGAUGGAGAUGUGCUCAGCGGCGUCUGCUUCGUGGGCAUCAACAGCGUGGACGCGUUGCGCGGAUUCGUCCUGGCGCCGCUGUUCGUCUACCUGUUCAUCGGCACCUCGUUCCUCCUGGCGGGCUUCGUGUCUCUGUUCCGCAUCAGGACCAUUAUGAAGCACGACGGCACCAAAACGGAGAAGCUGGAGAAGCUGAUGGUGCGCAUCGGCAUCUUCAGCGUCCUCUACACGGUUCCAGCCACCAUCGUGAUCGCGUGUUACUUCUACGAGCAGGCCUUUCGGGAUCAGUGGGAGCAGACGUGGAGCGCUCAAUCGUGCAAGACGUACGCGGUGCCGUGCCCCGUGCACAACCCGCAGAUGAACCCGGAUUUCACGGUGUUCAUGAUCAAGUACCUGAUGACCCUGAUCGUGGGCAUCACGUCUGGAUUCUGGAUAUGGUCUGGAAAGACUCUUAACUCGUGGAGGAAGUUCUACACGAGACUGGCGAACAGCAAACGAGGAGAAACAACAGUGUGACUUAACUGCGUUUUUAUUACUCACUUUUUCUGAUGGAGAAAACAACUGUUUAAAGGACGCCCUUCGCGUUGUACAUAAACAUUGUGCUUUUUGUAGUUGUUGUUGUGAGUAUAUCUUUGUAUUUAAAUCUCACUUGGAUGUUCUUUGUUUAAUCAAAGGAACGUUUUUUUUUUUUGGACAAACCGUAUCGUUUUGGAGAUUAUUUAUGCAUUUUCUCUUGGAUUAUUCCGGGUGGGGAUCUGUUUUUUAUGCCUGAAUGUAAAACUGUGUCUUUUUGAUCGACAUCAGUAUUUCCACGGGCAAAUAUUCAAACUUUUUACAUGCAAAUAAUGCAGAAAUAACAAUAAUAAUGUGUGUGAAUUGUGCACCCAGCACUUAAGGCUGCAUAUCAUGGGAAGAAUUGAGCUUUAAAUGAAAGCUUUGGGAAUGAGAUCAGAUGAAUUAUAGGACUUGAAUGUUUUAUGGAGGCUGAGACUAGGAGCUAGAACAAAAACUGCAAGUACCCAUGGUUGAGAUGUGUUUAACCCAGCCGUAGCCGGUUGCUGGUCUCCUGGCCUGUCCUGGGCUUGGACAGCAGCAGUCUCAGGCUGUUUUAAGAUGUAAAGUUAAGUGCCUUUUUCAGUUCAGAGCAGCAUUGGGGUCAGGCCUGCACUUGUGUUUAACUCAAAGAAAUGUAUACAUGUUUUUCUUCAGUCUGUAAUGAACUCUGGUGAUGUUUCUGAAGGGUUUGUGUUCUCCUUCGGCUCUUUUGCACAGAAGUACCUCUAAACAUACAGCUGGAACAGGGUGUUUGCAAUGCACUUCUCAAAUAGUGUAAUGUCUGUGUUGGUAUCGUAACUAAUCCAUGAUGUGAAAAUCAGGAUGUAGACUUUCUGAUGCAUACACUCUUAAAAAUAAAGCUGCUUCAAAAGGUUCUUCAAG